AUGAAGAACGACGAUUACUCCGAUGUAGUUAUGGCUGCUCUCCAUGUACUUGAGGAAAGUGGCUGUUUACCAAAGAUAGAAAAAGAAAACAAAUGUGAGCAUAGAUCUGAUAAAUAUCGGGAAGAAGGUAAUAUAGCAUUUAAAGUAGGAAAUUUAAACAGAGCACUAGAAUUUUACAAUAGAGCUCUGAUGUUUGCGCCGAAAAAUUCAAGAGCCAUAAAACUUGCUUAUAGCAACAGGUCAGCAAUCUUAUUUAAAUUGAAACAAUUUAGAGCUUGCUUAAUUGACAUAGAAACUUGUUAUAAACUGGGUUGCCCCACAGACAUUCAAAGUAAGCUUAUUAAGAGGAAAAAGGAAGCUACAAAAAGAAGUGAAAUGGAAAAUAUGUCUGCUAAUAAUUUGCUUACUGGUUUCAUUAAAGAUUGUUUUAAGUUUGAUUUUAAAAGCAAUACUCCCAUUCCUUGCGCCAGUUCUGACAUAGAAUUUAUAAAAGGAGAUGCUUUUAAAGUAGUUGCAGCAAAAGAUAUUAAAGUGGGAACUCCCCUAGUUUUAGAAGAUUCGUUUGUAAGUUAUAAUAGCGAGGAAAAUGUACCAUUUUCUUGCCAUUACUGCCACAAAAUGUCUUUGAACCUAAUACCAUGUGAAGGUUGUUGCUUAGUUUUGUUUUGUAGUGAAGAAUGCAAAGAAAUGUGCUUAAAAGAGUAUCAUAACAUCGAAUGUCAAAUUAUGGAUGUUAUUCAAAGCAUAGCUUAUUUAACUAAGACGAAAUUGAUGAUAAAAGGCACUUUGAAAUUUGUCCAAAUGUGUGGGUCAUGGAAAAAAGUGAUUUCAUCUUCGCAUUGCACUGGUUGUGACAGGAUACGCAUCAGUUCAGAACAGGAAAUGUACGAUGUCAAAAAUAAGUUCUCGGUACUAAAUUUUAAAAAUAAUCGGCUCUUUGUACAUGGAUCAAUGUAUUCGGAUAGUUUUGUAUGUGCUGCUGUUAUUUAUUAUUUAGAAAAAAUAUCUUGCUAUUUGCCUCGGUCAUUUGAUGAAAGGAAACUUGCAAAGAAAGCAUUGGCAAGAAUCAUGAUGUACUUUUGCCUUUACGCUCCCCUCACAUCAGUUAAUCUCCAUGUAACAGAUAUCAUAAAUAAAAAAACGUUUUUUAAUCCAAUUUCAAAUUACGGAUGGUAUCCUUUAAUUGGUAAAUUAAAAGAUUCUUGCAGCCCAAAUGUACUUGUUAUCAAUUUAAAUAAAAAAAUGUUGUUGAUUGCGUUGAAGCCUAUAAAGAAGGGAUCAGAGUUAACUGUUUCUUACAUGGGCCAUUAUUUAGUAUAUAGUGAUGAACCUUUUGCAAGAAAUUGUUUGUCAUUCAAACUGUUUGAGAAUGUUUGUAACUGCAUUAUAUGUACUGGUGAAUGGAAAUCACAGAGAAAGCAAUUUGCAUCGACAGUAAAACAACUUGACUUACAUAAAGAAAUUUUUUUGUAUGAAAACAUAGGUAACUUCAACAUGGGAAUUCCCAAUUUAUUUCAAAAAAUAUGCAGUGCGCUCGCUCGUCUUAGCGGAGUACUUUUCUCAGAAGAAUAUGUGCAGGUUUUCAAAAAUUUCUUCGAAUUUAUAUCGGUAUAUCAAGAAAUGGUAUGCUCUAAUGUAAGUCUCUUAAAGUUACGUCCAUAG